AUGUCUCAGGAAUGGGAUGUAGCGCCUGCUGCAGUUGUGACAGACUUUGUCGAGCGCUGUUCUCAAUUACACCUCCCUCUUGUCAUUCUUUCAGCGUCUUGCAUCUUGCUCACAUGGCAAUUGCGAAAAACAUCACCCGCCCAACAACGUACCGCUCAACCCCCCGCCAAAUCUGUCCGCGGUGCCUUCCUGACUGCCCUGGAAGGUUUGCUACUGGCGACGACCCUGUCGCUAAACUGGGAGGGCCUCGCUGCGAGUGCGUCUGCUAGUUCCCGGGUCGGCAUCACCUUCGGAUCCUACCUAGGCGGAUUGUAUGUCUUGUCUCUGCUGCCGCCCACCGGCCUUGAGCAUGCCGGAAGGGUUACUCGCUAUCAUUCGGCUGCACUCUAUGCUAUUUUCUUGCUCUUGUCCGCCGUAACCAGUGGUGCUGAUUCCAUCGCUACCAAUGUAUCAUUAUCUCUGCUCAUCACUGCGUUGCUCUCGCCGCGCCCGCACCAGAAGGAUGGCCCCCUUGAGCUGGACGCGACGGGGGAAUCCCAGUCCAGCAUUUUUGGUCUUUGGUCGUUUGCCUGGCUAGACGGCAUGCUCUUCAAGGCCUGGCGCACUGGGAGUCUCCAGUCUCGAGACGUACCGGAGCCGGCUUUGCUCACCGCUGCCGACAAGCUUGUGAUUCGAACCAAGCUGAGGAGACCCAGUGGGUCCCUUGUUCAAAGCCUUCUACGAUACUUCGGACCCCAGCUGGCAGUUCAGGGCGUUGUGGCGGUUGCUUGGGCAGUCCUGACCUUCAUGCCCACUUUGUUGUUAAGGUCAAUCCUUCAAUUUGUCGAGGGGCCAACAGAGUCCUCCAUCGAGGAAGCUCAGGGUUAUGUGGUGCUCGUAUUUGUCACCAGUGUUUUGGCAUCCGCUGCUGAGGCUCGAACCAUCUGGCUUGGCCAGAAGAUUGGGCUCCGGCUGAAGACAAUCCUGAUCGGCGAGGUCUAUCACAAAGCCCUGAGGCGGCCGAUGGCCGUUGGAUCCUCGAGCGGUGGGCCUGAAGGGCAAACGGCUGAUAUUGGCACCAUCAUGAACCUCUUCACCGGCGAUAUCAACCAACUUGCUGAUUUGGGGGCAAACAUGCAUCAGGUCUGGGCCUCAGUCCCCGUUCAAAUAUUCAUGGCUGUCACGCUGCUCUACUGGACUCUGGGACUCAGCGCGUUUGCAGGAAUUGUGGUGAUGGGCCUGAUGGUGCCUGUCAACUCACGCAUCGCCCGAAGUUUGGGUGCCAACCAUAUGCAAGUCAUGGCUGCAUCAGAUGCCAGAAUCCAGAGCACUACCGAGAUGAUGCGAAGUAUUCGAGUGAUCAAGCUCAUUGCUUGGGACUCCUUUUUUCAGCAAAAGAUAGGUGACCAACGGGCCGCCGAACUCAAGGUACUUGAUACCCGUUAUAUGCUCUGGACGAUCUCUGCAACAAUCUGGUACGGUCUGCCGUUGCUGAUUACCUUUUCUUCUUUCUUUUGUUACACAAUAAUCGGGGGAAAUUCAUUGACACCUUCACUUACCUUCACGUCACUAUCUCUCUUCAACCUCUUGAAGUCGCCACUCGACGACUUGAUCAGCAUUAUUGGACGUGUCCAGAAUUUCCUUGUAGCCGCCAUGCGGGUGGAGGGUUUCUUGGAUGAGGAGGAAACAGAGAAACAUCACGUUCUUGGUUCUCACACUGGUGGCCAAGGGGAAAUUGGCUUCGAGCACGCGACAUUCUCCUGGCCAGGACAGAGCAAGGCGGCAGAUCUCUCAUCAAAGGACGGCAAGACAACAGAAAAUCCCAAAUCCUUCUCUCUGAAAAAUCUUGACUUCAAAUUCAAGGUCGGAAAGCUCAAUAUCGUCAUUGGAGCUACCGGAAGCGGCAAGUCUUCACUCCUACACGCGCUGUUGGGAGAGAUGCCGCUUGUAUCGGGAAAUGUUAGGAUGCCUGCCGCAGCUUCUCGCGAAAUUCUACCUAAGGACGAGAAGACAGAUUUGGUCGAGGGUGUAGCGUUUUGUGCUCAGGAGGCUUGGCUAACCAAUAACACGGUGCGCAACAACAUCCUCUUCGGUCAACCGCUUAUUGAAGAGCGCUACAGGGCUGUCCUACAGGCCUGCGCUCUUAAGCCUGACCUGAAAAUACUGCCUCAAGGUGAUCUAACCUCCGUUGGAGAGGGAGGCGUUUCUCUCUCUGGUGGACAGAAACAGCGCGUCUCCCUCGCACGCGCUGUUUAUUCCAAUGCGCGCCAUCUGCUUCUUGAUGACUGCUUGAGUGCUGUUGAUGCUCACACCGCUUCCUGGGUCUUCGAAAGGUGCAUUACAGGACGCUUGAUGCAAGGACGUACGUGCAUUCUGGCUACACACAAUGUAGCGCUUACAGCACCUGGCGCGGAUUACAUCCUCCGCAUCGACAAUGGUACCGUGGUUGCCGCGGGUUCGCAACAGGACUUGGCAGUUCAAGGUCAACUUCCGGAACUUGCAAAUGGGCCGGGCAACCAUGCCACGCCUGAGGGGGUACCGGGCGAUCGGGAAGCGGAUCAGAAGCCCGUGGACGAAAAGAAGGGCAAGGAAGGGGAAAAGUCUGACUCGCAUGCCACUGAACCUGCUGGGCCCAACACGAGACAGACCAUCAUCAAAUAUCUCGCUUCCAUGGGCGGACGGAAAUACUGGAUCUCCCUGGUCGUCUUCUUCGUGGCGCAACAAGUUGGUUCCAUCACCGUGAACUGGUGGGUUCAACGACUCUCCAACGCGACGGUAGAAGUGCAACGCCGAGAAGAUAAUACAAUCGAAGAGUCUCACUCAUGGAGAUUGAAGCACUACUUUGCGAUCUACGGUCUUCUCCUUGCUGUUUAUUUUGCAGUCGGCUUCAUGAGACUGUACAUGUUGUCCAUCGGCUCGCUGACGGCCUCGGUACGCAUCCACGAUAGUCUUCUCAAGUCUGUUCUGAGUGCGGCUCUCAAGUUUUUCGAUGAUAAAUCAUUUGGUCAGUUGAUCGGAGUGUUCUCUGGGGACAUGCGGACUGUUGAUCAAGACUUGGCCAUGCUCGCCAUUGCCACCCUACAUUUCGUAGGGUCACUUAUUGCUACCACCAUUCUCAUCGUCUUCAUUACUCCGCAGUUCUCCCUCCCAGCGAUUCUCAUCUCUCUUGUCUACUACUUUAUUACCAAGGUCUACAUCUCCUCAUCGAGCGACCUCAAAGCUCUUGAAUCGACGCGCCAGUCUCGGGUUCUCCAGCAUUUUCAUGAGACGCUCUCGGGAACCGUCACUAUCCGUGCCUACGGCGCAGAGAGGGAAUAUCUGACUCAAAGUUCAGCUCUUCUUCGGAAGCUAAACCAGCCUUCAUUCUUUCUAUGGGCCACGGAAAGGUGGUUGGUUCUCCGGCUCAGUCUUACAAGUGCCUUUGUUUCCCUAUUUGCGGGCUCCUUUUCCAUCAGGAGUAACGGGGAUGCCGGCACUAUUGGGCUCAAGGCUCAUCCCGUCAUAUGCAGCGAUUGUUUUCUCGGAACAGGUACUGUGGUUGAUUCGAUAUUACAUGGUGACUAUCCAGAACAUGACUGCCGCGUUUGUGGCUGCUUGGAUGAAAGUACCGGGGCACAAGAGGCAAAAUCCACAAGGGAACCAAGCAAAGAAUGGCCUUCGUCAGGCUUCGUAGAAUACCGCACAGUCUCUGCUCGUUACGCAGCCCAUCUAGACCCCGUACUUAGGGAUCUUUCUUUCCAAGUCCGGCCUCUGGAGAGGGUGGGCAUCGUCGGCCGUACUGGUGCUGGAAAAUCUAGUCUGGCACUCACUCUGCUGCGCGGCCUCGAGAUCGAGAGCGGGCAGAUUCUGAUCGACGGGUUGGACACCAAAACGAUCGAUUUGCACACGCUGCGCAGCCGGCUAUCCUAUGUACCGCAAGACCCGACGCUCUUUGCUGGGACGUUGCGUCUGAAUCUCGACCCAUACAACGAACACACAGACGAGGAGGUUCUCGAUGCCUUGAAACGAGUUGGCUUGUUCGAUUCAAGUGAAGGAAGAGGGAAGUUUACGGAUUUAUCCUUCACUCUUGCAGAAAGGGGCUCAAACAUAUCCCAGGGACAGAGGCAACUCGUGUGCAUUGCAAGUUCUGUGCUGAAAGGCUCCAAGGUAGUCGUCCUGGACGAAGCGACAGCGUCGAUUGACCAUGAAUCGGAUAUCAAGAUUCAGGCGUGUAUCCGGAGCAUGGAGGCCACUGUCAUUACGAUUGCACAUCGUCUACGUACUGUCAUCGACUAUGAUCGCAUUCUGAGUCUGGACGCCGGGUGCAUGAAGGAGUGCGACCAUUCGUGGGAGUUGCUUCAGCAGAAGAACGGCGUCUUCAGGGGGAUGUGUGAUGCGGCGGUGGACCGGGAAGAGUUGUUUGCACUUUCUAAGGCGGCAUGGGAUAGUAGGCAUACCGCCUGA